AAAUUGUAUAUGUCCUUCAUGAAAUAUCUUGAAUUCUCUGACCAGGCUUCGUUAUCAUCUCAAAAACCAAAAAACCCUCCUGAAAAGAAUCAGAAACUCAGUUUGCUUUAUGGAGUCUUCGCAGGAAUAUUGUUCGGGCUCGGAAACUAUACCCUUGGCAUACAUGUAAAGAUGGGAUACCUUGCUACUUGAAUUCAGGGAAAUGGUGCUCUUUUAGUUAUUGUCAUAAGCACUGUAUGCUCAGUACUUGCAUCUGUAAUCAAAAAGAAGCAAAUCUGGACUUGGGAAGAUAGCAACUUUCGAAAUAACCAAACAGGAGGAUUUCACUGGAAGAACUUAGCAGGAAUCCUGAUAUAUUGUUUGGUAGUUAUCCUCACAGCUCUAUGAAUCAACCUGACUUUCAGGUUUGCUCUAUAUGCUGAUAUCAACCAAGGAAUCCUCACAAGCAUCUUUGGAGUGUCAGCCCUAAUUUCUGCAGUCUUGGCCUACUUUUUAUUUGGGGAUAAAUUAAAGAAUUAUCAUAUUUUUGGGAUGAUAAUGAUCAUGUUCUGAGUAAUUGGCUUUGCUUUUGGUCAAACAUCCAAAAUUCACCACAAGACUAACUCUGAAAAUGCAACUUUCUACUCUAUUCUUUCAAUUUCACUGGCAUGUUUAUGCCCAUUAGGAUUUGCAUUGCAAGGGAUGACUGCUAGGUAUACCUCAGAGAACUAUGGAUUGGACUCAUCGAUACUGACAGCUUGAUCUUAUACAAUUUUGAACGUGCUAUACUUAACAGUCACAAUUUGAAUGUACAGCACUGAUGAGCAUCCAUUUAUAUUAUCAGAGUACCUCAUAAUCCUCUUUUCAGGUUGAAUUCUCUACUUUGGAGUCCUAUGCGUCAAUAAAGCCCUUGUUCUAGGUCUGGCAGGCCCAGUAUUUUCCCUUGAAAAUAUUGAAGUAAUCAUAAUGACCAUCCUUGAUAUCAUUUUUAUGGGUGUUUAUCCCAACUCAAUCGAAAUUCUCUCAGCUUGUGUUGGAGUAGCAGGUUGCAUCACGAUAUGUCUCUACCCAGAAAUCUCAAAGUUAUGUGAAAGUCAAAGAAAUUAACACUAAAUAUUAU